UCGACAUUCCCUCUAUGGAGUACCGGAAUUCUUUCUUAGUUGCCGCCCUCCUCCUUCUCUUCUCUAACUCAUUGCCAUCUCUCGCUAGCCCACCUAAUGCAGUAGUUGCACCAGUUUAUCUAGACACAACCAAGUACCUGUACACGGUCUCACUUGGCUCGGGCCGCAACUACCUGCUUGACCUGGGUGGCCACUCGGUCUGGUCGGUGUGUCGUAGAGACCGCACCCAUGUCACCUUCCCCUGCAAGUCUCAGCAGUGCUCUCUUGCCGCCGCAUCGUCAAACUCUGGGGAUGUGUCCUGCCAUGGGCACAAAUGCAACAUUCGAGUCCAGAACCCAAUCACAGGUAGACGAGCCUGGUCCGAGCUCACCUACACUGAGUCUGCCUUUAAAGCCACAAAUGGUUCAAGGGCAGGUAAGUCCUUAACCUUCCACAAUGUCAUGUCCUCAUGUGCACCUCCCCAUCCUCUCAUGGGCCUACCGGCCGGUUCAAUUGGGUGUCUCGGUCUCGGCGGGUCGAACCUAGAUCUUGAGUUUCAAUUGACCAGCUUGGCGAAGAGGUUCGCCUUUUGCCUUCCUCUCAAUGACUCCAAGCCCGGCAUGAUCUUCUUUGGAGACGGGCCAUACUAUAUACUCCCUCCGGGCCUAGUCGAGGCGACCGAGUACCAGUCAAGUGCGCCCAUGGUUCGCAACCCGGCUCGGCCUGAUGACUUAUUUCUCCCGGUCAAAGAGCUAGAGAUAGUUGGGUACGACUUGGGGAAGGUCAGCAACACGAGUGUGAAGGGCUGGACGAGGAUCAGCACCCAGGUCCCUUACACCACACUCUCCACGCCUCUCUACAAGGCCAUGCUCAAGGCCUUUGACAACAUAACUAGGAAGAUCCCUCCCGCGCCAUUGGUGAAGCCUUUCGGAAGGUGCCUCAACGUGUCGGCCUUCCCUAGGGGGACGCCACCCAGCCUGUGGGAUUUCUUGUACAUUGGGCCCGUCGUCAAUCUCAAGAUGGACGGUGGGGAUGUGUGGGAGUUCUUGAAUGCUGACAACAUGAAGCAGGUGAGCCAUGACGUGCUGUGCCUGACUUAUCUCGAUGGUGGCCCUAAACCAGAGGAUGAUAUUGUGAUUGGUCUCUACCAGAUGAAGGAAAGGCUCAUGCUGUUUGAUUUUGAAGCGAAGAAGAUAGGGAUCAGCGCUACCAACAUCAACUAUAUCCACGCCUACUGUGGUGACUUCUUGGCCAGAGCUUGAGACGUCUCUGCGGAGCUAUGCGUUUUACUUUACAGUAUUGUAAACAAUAUGUAUAUCGGUGUUCAUGCAGACUGCAGAAUAAAUUAGAGGGCAAUCGGGUCCUUUGCUGAUCAAAUUAUAUUCAAUAGGCUCGAGACAGAGCUACCAAUG